UCCUAGUCUAGCCUGCUGGUGUAGCGCGUCUUGUACCGUGCUAUUGUGGUUGUUAUAACUCACAACACCGACUGACGUCAGGAAUUAAGUGGAUUCGACAAUGAAAGCGACACAUUUAUAUUUGUUGUUGCAAGUUUUCUUGUCAGCCAGUGUUCUGGUUCACACUUUUGAUCCGUUCACCACAGUGCUGGCUGUAGGGGUCGGUGCUACUCUGGGGCGGACGAUCUACAAAUAUUUACAUGAAAGUUGCGAUCCUAAAUGGAUAGCUUUCGAUGCAACAGGUCUCCAGGUUGACCUGGGAAAUAAACUGUUUGGACAGCACAUUGCGUCGCGCAUCAUCCUGCAAGCUGUGAACGAAUUCAUGACCAACGACAACCCGAAGAAGCCCCUGGUGCUCUCUCUGCACGGAUUGUCCGGCACAGGGAAGAACUUUGUCAGUCAGCUGAUUGCUGAUAACAUUUACAAAGAGGGAAUGGACAGCAGCUUUGUUCAUAUUUUCAAUUCUAUAAUUCACUUCUCACAUUCCAGUCUUUUGGACACCUACAAGUCUCAGCUACAGCAGUGGAUCAAAGGCAAUAUCAGCAACUGUGCACAAUCCAUGUUCAUCUUUGAUGAGAUGGACAAGAUGCAUCCCGGCUUGAUUGAUAGCAUAAAGCCGUAUCUGGACUACUACCACAAGCUGGAUGGAGUUUCUUAUCGGAAAGCCAUCUUCAUCUUCCUCAGUAAUGCUGGAGGGGAGAUCAUCGCACAGAAGGCUUUAGAUUUCUGGAAAGCAGGACGAGAUCGUGAAGAGAUCAAGCUGGAAGACCUGGAAAAAUUGCUCUCUCUAGCAGCGUUCAACAAGAACAGUGGCUUGUCGCAUUCGAGUUUGAUUGACAAUAACCUGGUGGACGUUUUCGUCCCGUUUCUGCCCCUGGAGUACCGACACGUCGUCCAGUGUGUCAUGGCCGAGAUGAAAGCCAGAGGACUUCGGCCAGACCACGGUGUGGCAGACCGGCUGGCGAAAGAUUUUAUCUAUUUUCCCGAAUCUGAGAGAGUUUUCUCUUCAAAAGGCUGCAAGACGAUAGAAAGGAAGCUGAAAUUCUACCUAUAAUGUCAGCAUCUGAUGGCCGCUGUGUUUGAGCACUUUAAAACAAGAAAAGAAAAGAAAAACCU